UUGUGCAGGAACUGGUAAAAGAGACAGGACUUUAGAGUGAGCUCGGCUGCAAGUAGCAGUGACUCGGUGCAUCGUUUGCAGGCAGAGGAAGCAACUGUAAUCUGUGUAACCUCACUUGUUUAAACAUAAUGACUUUUGAAGAACUCGCGGGGGAUCAAAAAGCAGAUAGGAUGGAUGUAGUGGGGAAAGCUCUGGAAGAAGUUUUGUCCUCCGCGUUAGCACAAGGCUGCAUGACAGUCGGAGUGUACGAGGCAGCGAAACUCCUAAACGCGGAUCCUGACAAUGUUGUUUUAUGUUUGCUUGCCACGGAUGAAGGGGAUGACGUGGACGUAGCGUUGCAAAUUCAUUUUACUUUGAUACAAGCUUUUUGUUGCGAAAAUGACAUUAACAUCAUGAGGGUGAACAAUAUGCAUCGUUUGGCGGAGAUCCUCGGCGGGAUGGACGGGGCAGACGAACCCAAAGAUCUCCAUUGCAUAUUGGUUACAGGGUAUCAAAGCCAGGUGCAUGACAGAAGUUAUGGCAUCUGCUGUAGAGCAGUUCUGUUCGUAAUCAUAUUGGCAUUGAUGUUGACUGGAAUUGCUUGGAGAUACCCAGAAAUACAACCAGAUUUGCAACCUAAUUACUGAGGCUGCAAGAGCAGGACAGAAGCUGCGUGCUCUGCGGUGACUGACUCAUCCCAAAGCCUUUCAACACGACAAGGCCAAAUCAGGAGUGUGCUGGAAUACUCUCCACAGGCUUGGUUGAGUGCAGCUCCAACUCUCAAGAAAUACAGCACCAAAAACAAAGAACCCCUUUUGAUCAGUACCCUAUUAACAUGCUAUAUAUUUAUACUCUCCAGCAUCACGCCAUAGUGGUUGCAAUAAGUACUAUCUACAUAAUGCAUUGCAGUUACCCUCUUGGAAAUGUAUCACCAUUCCUUCAUUAUCAGAGUGUAAAUGUUGGAACUCACUCACCAACAGUGUUGUGGGACUGUAGCGAUUCAGGAAGGUGGCUUCCUAUUAAAUUUUCAAGGCAAUUAGGGAUGAGUGAUAAAUCCAAGCAGUGCAGUCUUGCAAGAAUACUACAGAAAAAUCUCAGUAAAUGGAAAUCUGAAAUCUCAAUUCAAUUGCACUGGCUGUUUUUGACUUCUAAAUUGAAUUGACUUCAUUUCUUACAUCCUUUACAUACAUGAGGAGUAAAAAUCUUUACAUUACAUCUCCAGCCAAAUGUGCAAUCAUAGUAAUUUAAAAUAAAUAGAACAGUCAAUGUAAUAUAGAGUACACUCAAGUCAACCUGAGUUCAUCAGUCUGAUGGCCCGGUGGAAGAAGCUGUCCCGGAAUCUGUUGGUCCUGGCUAUUAUGCUGCUGUACUGCUUCCCAGAUGGUAGCAGCUGGAAUAGCUUGUGGCUGGGAUGGCUUGGGUCCCCAAUGAUCCUAUGGACCCUUUUUACACACCUGUCCUUGGAAAUGGUGUGUGAAUGCACGUGGCCUUGCUCCCAAGGCUGCACAGUGAACUUGAUGCAGACCUUGGCCCUAUUUAAAGGAAUGGUGCACAAAUGGAAAUAAUUGUGAUUAAGGGAGGUGAACAGAAAGCAAGGUCAUCAACCAGAUUUAACAAGGCUUUGUUGGAAUUGUUCCUGAAUGUAGACAGAAAGGGCAUACAUUUCCCGCCAAGAGUAAGGAGGAAGAGAAAAGUUUUAAUAUCCAAGAGAAAUUGAGUAGCAGGAGUACCAUGUCCUGUUUAUGGCUGCAAAGUGUUUGAGCGUAGCCAGGAGGAAAAGUGAGCACAUUUCCUGAUUCAGUGAUGUUUUUAAUUUAAGCACCCCUCUUCUCUGUCCUCAUGCUUGUGCUGCCUCUCUUUUCUUUCUUGGUUUCACGGCUACCCAGAAAAUUGAAGAAUUUCAGAGUUGUAUACUUCAAUAAUAAAAGUAACCCUUGAACCUUUGCUGUCUUAUUAUUUUUCAUGACACUGCUCUUCACAUCCUGUCAA